GCUGACUUCCAUCACCAACCUGGCUACCAGCCUGGCCAGGAACAUGGACCGGCUGUCCCUGGACGAGGAGCACUAUACCAGGCAGGAGGAGUGGAGGAGGCAGCUGCCUGAGAGCCUGGGGGACGGACUCAGACAGGGCCUGUCUAGACUGGGCAUCAGCCUACUGGGAGCGAUAGCGGGCAUCGUGGACCAGCCCAUGCAGAACUUCCAGAGGGGAUCAGAGAUGCAGAGUUCAGCAGGCAGCAAGGCCAAAGGGGUCAUCUCUGGAGUGGGGAAAGGCAUCGUGGGGGUCUUUACCAAACCUAUAGGGGGCGCUGCAGAGCUGGUCUCGCAGACGGGACACGGUAUCCUUCAUGGAGCUGGUCUCUGGCAGCUCCCCAAACAGCUGUACCUCCCAGUAGACCAGAAGUCAGCCCUCGCGCCCAACAGUCACGCCAAAUACGUCUGGAAGAUGCUCCAGUCCCUGGGUCGUCCAGAGGUUCACAUGUCCCUGGAGGUGGUGAUCGUGUCCGGGUCGGGUCAGGAGCAUGCUGGGUGUCUGCUGCUGACAGGGGAGGUGGUGUUUGUGGUCAGUCUGUCUGAAGACACACAGCAGCAGGCCUUCCCCAUCACCGAGGUGGCCUGUCAACAAGACCCCCACCACCUGGGGGCGCUGACCCUCACGCUGCAGCAGCAGAGACUCACCAACGAUGUAGAGGGUGACAGUGGGAGGGAGUGGUUGUCAGAGCAGCAGUAUGGUCGCCUGGUGGACUAUGUGACUCGUGCGUCUGCGUUCCUCUCCCCGUCGGCCUCGUCCCUCCAGCAGGCUCCUCCCAUCACCCCGGCGGAGCCUCCGCCCACCGUCACCAAGACCUACCGUUACCUGGUCAGCCCCGCCCACGCCGCCGUGUUCGUCUCCAAGUUCACCGUGGUCAAGAACAAGGCGCUGCGCAUCGGCUUCCACUGACACACACACCUUUAGAGAGACACGCCUGUACACACACACACCUUAACAGAGACCCUGACACACACACCUUUAGAGAGACACGCCUGUACACACACACACCUUAACAGAGACCCUGACACACACACCUUUAGAGAGACACACCUGUACACACACACACCUUAACAGAGACCCUGACACACACACCUUUAGAGAGACACGCCUGUACACACACACACCUUAACAGAGACCCUGACACACACACCUUUAGAGAGACACACCUGUACACACACACACCUUAACAGAGACCCUGAUACUCACUCAUACACACACACCUUAACAGAGACCCUGACACACACACCUUAACAGAGACCCUGACACACACUCGUACACACACACCUUAACAGAGACCCUGACACACACACCUUAACAGAGACCCUGACACACACACACACCUUAACAGAGACCCUGACACACACACCUUAACAGAGACCAUGACACACACUCACACACACACACCUGAACAGAGACCCUGACACACACACCUUUAGAGAGACACACCUGUACACACACACACCUUAACAGAGACCCUGACACACACACCUUUAGAGAGACACGCCUGUACACACACACACCUUAACAGAGACCCUGACACACACACCUUAAC